AUGGUCGAAACCACAGUGAUCCAGUCCGAACGGCUCUUUCCCAGCAUCAAACCCAUAGAAAGGGCAGUGCCUCUGUCGCUGCUAGAUGCAACGACCGCCGACUUUUCUUCAACAACUGCUAUUUGGCUAUUCGAACGGCCUGACGGGGUCCUAGAGGAUGAAUUCGACCUGUUUGACCACUUUCGCCGGUCUCUGCAUGCCACUUUGAAUCACUACCCGCAGUGGACUGGGCUCCUCAAAAGCAUCACGACACUCGAUUCAGCUAGACUAGAGAAAGAAACCCUUCGGUUUCCACAGCAUGCUCGUCGCUUUGGCCGAGUAUAUGCCCACUAUGGGUCGCCACAGGAUCCUGGGGUCGAGUUCAUCACCGCAACUUCCACCGCAACUAUUGAAACACUAUGUCCCGCAUCAAGAACGAAAGAGGAACCGCUUUUUGAUCGCCAGAAAGUACGACUCGACAGCCUCAUUCCUUCCGGUCGUUUGGCUAGUGCAAUCACAGCUGUCAAAAAAGAUGCAGCGGGUGUUUUGCCACCGGUGUUUGUCAUUCAGUUGACAAAGACGGCCUGCGGUGGUUUUGCACUAGGUGCUAAAAUUGCGCACCCUCUCGCCGAUAUACAAUCACUUGCUUACUUUGUCAAGGAUUGGGCAAAGAUCAGUCGCUGGCACUUGGGGGGUUCAAGUGGUCUUAAGCCCAUCGUUCAACCAAUUUUUGAGCCAGAGCGGCUCGACUCGAUGGCUAUAGGAAAUAUUAAUGGAGAGGAUGCUAAUCCAGAAGCACUCGAGAGAAUCAAAAGCCUUCCUUUGCAUCGCUAUGACUGCACUCGUCGGCAAGGCGAUGCCAUGGACGGAAUGGGAUUUCGCCGCCCCGUCUCACAUUACACUGUCCAUCUGACUCGUGAUCAGGUCGAGACCAUCUGGAACAAAAUUUCGAAUGGAGACCCCAAAAAUCCGACGGCCGAGCGAAUCAGCCGACACGAUGCUGUCCUGGCUCACAUUUGGUCGUGUAUCACCCGUGCUCGAAAGCAACAAGAAGAUACCGGCCUAGUCCAUUGCAAUCUGACCUAUGGCACACGUCCGGCUCUCCAUUUUGGCGACGACUUCAUCGGAUCACCCACCAUGAACAUCAACAUCGAGAUGAGUGGAAAGGAGCUAGCUUCCGCAGAAAUAGCCGAAGAACAGAGAACCAGAGACGUUGCGCAAUGCAUUCGUAAAACGAUUAGCCAAAUGAGCCAGCCUGGCGCAAUCGGCGCGCACCUUCACAGUGUGGCAUUUGAAAAGGCUCCUCAGCGUAUCUGGCAGGCAUUUCUGGGGUCUCGACACCUUAUUGUGACUAGUUGGGCGCGAGUUGGUAUUUACGAUGUGGAUUUCGGGCUCAACACUCCGAUUCGGUUUGCCGAGGGAGUGAUUCCGGAUUUGGAUGGGGAUGUCUUGAUUAAAGAUGCACCGCCUUUGGACCGAAUGAAGAAAUCCUCGGAUCGAAGUGCUUGGACGGAUGAUGGGGUUGAUGUCUCGAUUCACAUCCGGGCCGAAGAUAUGGAUCGCUUGAUCCGGGAUCCACUCCUCCUACCAUGA